AUGCUGGUGGCCACCGGACGCGACAGAAGGGCCGCUGGCAAGAGCUAUACCCCGAGCCAAAACAGCAAGUCAGCCAGAAAUAUCGCCCGGAUGACGUCAGGACCACUUACUUUCAUCGCGGAGCAGCUCCUUGCUGAUGCGAAGCUGCUAGACGCCUACGCAGAAGCCAAUGGCUUAGAUGCCGUCGAUUUCUCAAAGGAGUCCCUGUCGGAUCUGCCGCUGGACAUGGAAAAGACUCGUUAUUCCAUUAUUGAUCGAGCCCAGAAUCUCAGGCGACUCGCACAAGGCCCGCGUGACCUCCUGUUUGAGCUACUUAACCAUUUUACUGAUUUGGCCAACCUACAUUUCAUAUACCACUAUAAUGUGCCAAAGCAUGUGCCACCAAAGGGCGACAUCUCCUACGCAGACUUGGCGGCUGCCAUCUGCCAGGAUGAGAUUCUCGUGCGACGCAUGCUGCGCGUCGCUAUGAUGAACCGACUAUUUAUCGAAACAGAGGAUGGCCAUGUUUCACACUCUGCCGCGUCAAGAAUUCUUCAUGCCGAACCUGGGGCCAUGGAUUCGUCUGGGUUCCUCCUAGAGGAAAUGUUUCCCGCUGCCACCAAGAUGAUUACUGCUUUGAACAAGUAUCCCAACUCGGGCGAGCCCAACGAGACGGGAUUCAACAUUGCAUUUGAUACGGACCGCUCCUUUUAUCUAGAGCUAGAAGCACAUCCCGAACGAGCUCGUCGCUUCGGGUCUGCAAUGCGCUGGAUGUCCCAAGGUGGCCGCUUCAGUAACCAGCAUCUUGCGCGGGGCUACAAUUGGGCGGAGCUGGACCGCCCAGAUAGCGUCGUGGUUGACAUUGGUGGUGGCCACGGUGCCGUCUCGAUUGCCCUGGCCAAAGAAACAAAGAACAUUCGUUUCGUUGUGCAAGACCUGCCCGUUUGCGCAACUCAAGGAGCCGAGAGGCUGGAUGCGGCGCUCAAAGACAGAGUUACCUUUAUGCCACACGAUUUCUUUCAAACACAGCCCGUCGUCGGCGCCGAUGUCUACUUCUUCCGCUACAUCUUGCACAACUGGUCAGACAAGUACGCUGAGAAAAUCCUGAAAGCGGUGAUUCCAUCCAUGAAGGAGGGCUCGCGUAUUCUGUGCGUCGAGUUUCUCCCUGGCGAGGAGUCUACGACGCAAUGGACCAAGAAGCAGCCAUACAACAUGGACAUGAUCCAGGCCAUCGGAUGGAACUCGAUUGAGCGAACCGGGCCCGAUUGGAAGCGGCUGUUCCAAACAGUCGACACUAGGUUGCAGUAUAUGGGCACGGUAACGCCACCUGGCUGCUCAGUGUCGCUGAUUGAGGCGCGGUUGGAGUCACAGCCUAACGGAGUGCAUUAA